UUGUAUGGCUUUUUGUCUUUGACUCCAAAGACCAAAACAAUGAAUUUAAUGCUCCCUUUUCCACUUUUCUCCUCUUUCUUUCAUACUCAUGAAAAAGAAACCAAAAGCCAGAAAUCCUUUCCCAUGAAAACAUCAACCUCAAACACUCUUCUCUCAUAUCACACACUCACCUAAACUGAAUCAACCUCAGUCUUCUACCAUGGACUCAUCAUCAAGGGGAUCACAACCCCAACCACCACAAUCUCAAGGAUCAUCAUCAUCAUCACCACCAACACUACCACCAGCACCACCAAGCCGCUAUGAAUCCCAGAAGCGACGAGACUGGAACACCUUCUUUCAGUACCUGCACAACCACAAGCCCCCAUUGACGUUAGCACGGUGCAGUGGAGCACACGUCAUUGAAUUCUUGAAGUACUUGGACCAGUUUGGCAAAACCAAGGUCCACACGUCCGGCUGUCCCCACUUCGGACACCCUAACCCUCCUGCACCCUGCGCUUGUCCACUCAAACAAGCCUGGGGCAGUCUCGACGCCCUUAUCGGACGACUUAGAGCCGCCUACGAAGAAAAUGGCGGUCGCCCUGAAUCUAAUCCCUUUGGCGCUAAACCUGUUAUGAUUUACCUUAAGGAAGUCAAGGAGGCCCAGGCCAAAGCCAGAGGGGUCCCCUACGAGAAGAAGAAGAAGCGAAAGAGAACCACCACAACACUCUCUAACGUCACUCAUACUGCUCCUGUUGAUGCUGCUCCUGCUUCUUCCACUCCUACUUUACCUUCUUCUUCAACAACAUCAUAAUUUCAAUCAUUUUUACCAUUUUUUAGGGUUACUUACUACUAUACCUUUCUAAAUUACACCGCCUAAUUAUUAUUUAAGUUGUAUAUAUUAUAUUAUGAUGCUUUUCCAUACCUCAAUCAUUCUACUCUUUAUCAACUGUUGAACUAGAAUUAUUGGUUUAAGCUUGUUGUAUUUCACAUCUCAUUUCAGAUAUUUAUUAUUUUAUUUUGUUUUUGGGA